CCGGUAUAAGGUUUCCGGUGUUAUGGCGACCACCGGCAACAUCAUCGCUUCAGUCUGGAGAAUAGCAGGCUGUACAUUCAGAGUGAUGUGAAGAGAGAGGCGGCUAUCUCACAUGUCUGUGUAAUUCUGACUAUGCGGCUCUUUGUAGCGCUGGGCAUAGUUUUUUCUUUCACUGUGGUCACCACUGAGAAGGCUGAGAUCACCACCCACAAACCACCAGCACCGCUGCUCAACUACAGCAGGAUCUCCCUGCUGCCAGAGCACAUACCGUACUUCCUCUACAACAACAAGAGGGUCGCCAAGCAAUGCCGUCUGGACCCACUCUGCCCUUUAAAAGGUGCACUGCAGGAUCUAUCUGCCUGUUGGGGCUACGAGAAGAACUGUGAUCCAAGGAAGCGCUUUAGCUAUCCAGUCUGUACCAAAGCUGACUCUGGAUGGGCCCGUUCUCUGGAGGCAGCACAGGAGCUUUUCUGGAAGCAGGCUGAUUUUGGCUACGUCAAAGAGCGCCUCUCUGAGCUCAAAACACUCUGCAAGGCCAGCAGGCCAGGGGAUUCGUCAUUAAGAUGUAGUAGCCAAACUCGCUUCUGUAAGGCAACUAACCUUUACCUGGACUUGCGUAAGCCACGCAGAAGUCAUGAGAGGUACAAAGAGGACUUCAUUCAGAAGGGUGAGAUUGGCGGUCGUUGCAGACUGAACAAGCGAUCUCUUGCUGCCGAGGGAGAGCACAAGAGCCCCUUGCAAUCUUGGUAUGCUGAGCUGCAAACAUACACAGAGCUGGACUUUCAUCCUAUAGAGGAUGAACACUGUGAUAUCGUCAUUGAAAAACCCACUGUAUUUAUGAAACUGGAUGCUGGGGUGAAUAUGUACCACCAUUUCUGUGACUUUGUCAACCUCUACAUCUCCCAGCACAUUAACAACUCCUUCAGCUCAGAUAUCAACAUCAUCAUGUGGGACACGAGUUUUUAUGGUUAUGGAGAUCUGUUCGGUGAAACAUGGAGGGCCUUCUCAGAGUAUGACAUCAUCCACCUGAAGACCUAUGACUCGAAAAGAGUGUGUUUCAAAGAUGCCUUCUUCUCCCUCCUUCCGAGAAUGAGAUACGGCCUCUUUUACAACACGCCCCUUAUCUCAGACUGCUACAGUGAAGGGAUGUUUAGGGCGUUCUCCCAGCAUGUCCUGCAUCGACUGAACAUCCUGCAAGAUGGGCCAAAGGAGGGGCGUGUUCGUGUCACCCUGCUGGCACGCAGCACAGAAUACAGAAGGAUAUUAAACCAAGUGGAGCUAGUAAAUGCCCUCAAGACUGUGCCUUUACUGGAGGUCAACGUGGUGGACUACAAAUACAAGGAUGUUCCCUUCUUGGUGCAGUUGAGGAUCACCCACAACUCAGAUAUCUUUAUAGGGAUGCACGGGGCGGGUCUCACACACCUCCUCUUCCUCCCUGACUGGGCUGUCAUCUUUGAGCUAUAUAAUUGUCAGGAUGAGAGCUGCUAUCGAGAUUUGGCUCGGCUGCGGGGCAUUCGAUACGUGACUUGGCAGAAAAUGGACAAAGUGCUCCCACAGGACAAGGGUCACCAUCCAACCCUCGGGGACCAUCCAAAGUUUACCAACUACUCCUUUGAUGUGGGGGAGUUCAUGCGCCUUGUGCUGGAGGCAGCUGAUUACGUUACACGCCAUCCCAAAUGGCAGCGUCAUACCGUUCAUGAUGAACUCUAGAGUCUCUGUGAGUGUGGGACAGACAUCUGGCUGCUGAAGAACUUUUAACAUGAACCUGCUGUUUGUGAUCUAAAGACCUCUUCACAAUGGCAGCGUCAUUUUUAAAGAAUAUUUAAAAGUUACCUCAGUAUUUGUAACCUCCUGUCCGCUGCUUUGAUAGGUCUGGAUGAGUUAAAGCAAAAUUGUCUGCAAUUCUGGUUUGUAUAGCCUCGACCAGCUCUAUUAGUGUCAAAUCAGUUAAAGGAGGGGCGCCCUGGUAGCUCACCUGGUGGGGCAUGCACCCCAUGUACCAAGGCUCAGUCCUUACCUGAGCGGCCCAGGAUUCAAAUCCGACCUGUGGCCCUUUGCUGCAUGUCUUCCACCUCUCUCUCUCCCACUUUCUUAUCUACAACUAUCCUGUCCAUUAAAUGCUAAUAUAUAUAUAUAUAUGAUCAGUUAAAGGACAAGACGUGUGCAGUUGCAGCAUCUGGAGAGCGUUGUGUCCUAUCUUUCUUCAUUACCUCUACUGCUUCUACUUCUGUUGCUGUUACGGUGUCCCUUCACACGCGACAUCUUGUCACAUUUGAUCAGUGUCGUCUUGAUGCAAGCCUCUUUAAAGCUGUUGACAAUCACAUCAGAGUUUGAGAGCACAUCCAGCAUACACCAAUCCAAUAUGAUGUGCAGUAUUAAAAUGCUUUAUUCAUGCAUAUAGUGGCAGACCUAGACACUUUUUUUGCAGUAAUUUUUGACAUAUGAAUGAAAAAACUAAUAACUCUAAAAGUAGUAGACAGGAGGUAAGUGAGACACUCCUACUGCCAAGAGGGGUUUUCUUUUAUAUCGGUAUUAGCAUUUGUAUGUGUGCAAGUACAGCAAUAGUAGUUACUGUCAAACAUACAUUCAAGUAUUUGUCAGUACAUUUUCAGUAAAACACUUUUAUUUUUGCAUCUUACAUGGUUUUCUUUUACUAACAGAACAUUUAAUACUUCAUUCAACCUUUAUUUAUACUCACGAGAUCAUUGAGGGGCGACCCUGAAAUGUAUGUCUGUUUUGUUGUUCUGAUGGAAUAUGCAAUUGAUACCAAUGUCUAUUUUUUAUUAUUAAUUCCUUUGCAUUUUACUAAAGGAAAUGCAUUGUCACUAAGGUCAAAUGAUGAGGGUGCUGCUGUUGUUACCUUUCCAAGUCUUUUAAAUGCUGUUAGUUUGAAUAUUUUACAGUAAAUUUGUCUGCAGUGGAAUGACCACAAUUUGCAUGCGGUCUUGAUGCAAUUUGUGUUUCUUGGCCUCUCCGUGAGCUUGAUGUUUUAUGUUGAACUCAGUCAGACCUGGUUUGUAGGUGAUUUCAUAUUGAAAAGCUGUGUAAUAUUUUGAA